CCUCGAUCCGCAACUCGCAACAGUAUCAUCAUCGAUCACUCGUUUAUUGGAAAAGUUGUCGGACGCUUCAUUAUAACAUAAGCCCAACAUUUCCAGCUUGCUUUUUUAUGUUUUGAAGACUCAGUUGGUGUUAACAUCAUUUGCAAUGUCUACUGCAACUGGAAUAUUCCUACUGUCCCUGACAGCUAUUCCAACAUGUUACUUGCUGAACCAAGUGCAGACGUUUUCCAAAGACCACCGAGCAGUGUUUGCUGUUGGCUGUUUGAUCCUGCCGAUCAUCGUAGCGCUAGCCUACCUCAUCAGUCGGAGGUCGAAGCCCAAAGACUGGUUCUUUUAUGUGUUUUCUCUGUUUGCCUGGACCAGCAUCGUUGAUCUGAUUCUUGCAAUGCAAGCUGAUGGACUCAUCGCAAACUUCAUUGAUUUUUAUCUCAUAGAGGGUGAACCUUAUCUGAACACAGCCUAUGGACUCAUGAUCAAUUAUUGGGAUGCAUCCGGCCAUUAUUGUAUGUACAUCAUGAUGGUCACUGCUAUUGUCUGGAAUGAGAAUUAUCGUGAGGUCGGUCUGUUCUGGGUUGGUUCCGUGAUGAACAGCCUCUGCGUCUUUCUACCCGGGAACGUCUUAGGAAAGUUUGGUGGUGAAGUCAGGUCGUCGUUCUUCCUCAAUACUCCAUACAUCUUCUUACCGCUUUACGCCGGCUAUAAGUUCCUUCAUCAGAGAAAGCCAGAUCCUCCCGCAGAGAAGUCUUCCAAAUCAGGCAGCAUUUUGUCUCGACCAAUCGAUCUGAUUUUUGUGUUGUAUCUUGCUGCAGCUACAUUAUUAGCUUUUAUCCGUGUCAUGGCUGCUAUGGAUAGCCCCUAUCCCCCAGCUCAAGCUUACCUUAAGAACUACGAGCCGUACCUGCAAGACCCAGUGGCAUACCCCAAGAUGCAGAUGCUUGUGUUUUGGUUUUACUACGUCCCAUACUACGGUGCAACCAUCUGGUCAUUAGUGAAGCCUGGAAAGUCCUGGGUGGCUGACUGGGCCAUUAUUCACGCUGGGGCGUCAGCUCAGGCCCAAAUUUCCCAUAUUGGUGCUUCCCUCCAUAGCAACACUCCGUACAUCUAUCGAGUUCCAGCUGAAACCCAAUCUGUCUUCCUCGUCAUCAACGUGGCUUUAUUGGUCAUGCCACAACUGUUGGCAUGGAGAUGUUACUCGGUAGCCAAUAGCAAGAAGUCACUGAGCAAUAAAGAAAAUUAGAAUAGACGAACUUCACUUAAAUACAAGUUCUGUUCCUGCCUGUGUGAAAAGUUUGUUUGGUUGAAGGUUUUGUACAGGAUUGUUAAGGACAGUGGACACUAUUGGUAAUUGUCAAAGACUAGUCUUCACACUUGGUGUAUCUCAACGU